AUGUCCUAUCCUCAGGGUUACCUCUACCAGCCCCCCGGCUCUCUGGCUCUGUACUCCUGCCCGGCUUACGGGGCGUCGGCGCUGGCGGCCCCCAGGAGCGAGGAGCUGGCCAGGUCUUCGUCGGGAUCGGCGUUCAGCCCUUACCCGGGAUCGGCAGCUUUCACCGCCCAGGCGGCGGCCACAGGCUUCACCAGCCCGCUCCAGUACUCCACAGACCCCGCCACGGGAUUCCCCUCCUACAUGGGCUCCCCUUACGACGCCCAUACGACGGGGAUGACCGGGGCCAUCAGCUACCACCCGUACGGCAGCCCUGCCUACCCCUACCAGCUCAACGACCCCGCGUACAGGAAAAACGCCACCCGCGACGCCACGGCCACGCUGAAGGCCUGGCUGCAGGAGCACCGCAAGAACCCCUACCCCACCAAGGGCGAGAAGAUCAUGUUGGCCAUCAUCACCAAGAUGACCCUGACCCAAGUGUCCACCUGGUUCGCCAACGCUCGCCGGCGACUCAAGAAGGAGAACAAGAUGACCUGGGCCCCACGGAACAAGAGCGAGGAUGAAGACGACGACGAAGGCGACGGGGCGAGGAGUAAAGAGGAGAGUCCCGAGAAGAUGCCCGAGACGAACGAAACCUCCGCGGAGGACGAAGGGAUCAGCUUGCAAGUUGACUCGCUGACGGACCACUCCUGCUCUGCCGAGUCGGACGGCGAGAAGCUGCCCUGCCGAGCAGGCGACCCCCUCUGCGAGUCGGGCUCAGAGUGCAAGGACAAGUAUGAGGACAUCGAAGAGGAGGAGGAGGACGAGGAGGAGGAGGAGGACAUCGAGGAGGACGAUGGUGGCGGCGGGGAGCGCGACCCUCCGGCCAAGCCCGCCACCUCCUCGCCGCUGGCUGCCGUGGAGGCCCCGCUCCUCGGCCACCCGCACGCCGACGCCGCCCGCAGCGCCAGCAAGGCGGCGCUGGGCGGCCGCGCCUCCCCCGGGCCCCCGACGCCGGCCAGCAAACCCAAGCUCUGGUCGCUGGCCGAAAUCGCCACCUCGGACCUCAAGAGUCAGAGCCUGGGCCAAGGCUGCCAGCCCGCGCCCCUCUCCUCGGCCACCCCCGCUUCUGCCCCGCACAGCGCUGCCUACUCGCCCUCCUCCCUCCUGGGGAGGCAUAUUUAUUACACCUCACCUUUUUAUAGCAAUUAUACAAACUAUGGGAACUUUAACGCUCUGCAGAGCCAGGGAAUCCUGAGAUACAACUCCGCAGCAGUGGCUUCAAACGAGGGACUAAGUCAGACUGUCCUAAAUGCCAGCUCUGUCCACAAGCAGAGCAGUGACUCUUUGAAAACCAUCACUAACCAGCUAGAACAACAUUACAGGCCCUCUAGUUAUGACUCUAAGAAAGAUCCCACUGAAGUCUGCACAGUAGGAGUACAACCAUACCUAUAGAAGUGCAAUCACACAGCAAUGCAAGUAGGUGUCACAAUUGCUUUGAAAAAAGUCAGCAAGCCAUCAUCUCUCCC